UGUCAGUGGGGGACUUGCGCCGAGACGUUCAACAGCCCGAAUGAUCUUUAUAACCACAUCUGCGAGGCCCAUAUCGGACGGAAGGUCACCCGGAACCUGUGUCUGCAAUGCUCUUGGCAGGGAUGCAGAUACACCGGCGCCAAGCGGGACCAGAUCACACCCCACGUCCGUGUGCAUACGAAACGGGCGACAUACACUUGCGCUAAGUGUAGCCACACGACGAUGAGGCUCAGCGAUUUCAAGAAGCAUGCGAGA